AGCGGCGCGAGGCUCCGUCCCUUUUCCCGCUCUCCCUGCGCCCGCUCCCGGGCUGCGAGAGCGAAGGACGGCGGCGGUCGCAGUGGGACUGUGCCCAGAGGAGGCAGGAUGCUGAGCUGCCGCCGGGCUGCCCGGGCGCUCGCGCCGCCCCCGCCGUCCUGAGCUCGGGCCGACGGGGCGGAGGAUGGCCCCUGCGCCAGGCUGGUCGCGGGCGCUGCUGGAGGCAUGGACUCGGCAGCGGCUGGCAGGAACUCCUCCGGCCCCACUGGCCCCAACGGCACGGUGAGCGGCGGCGGCGGCGGCGCGGGGGGCGGCGGCGAGUCGCCGGGCAGCGGCAGCGCCAUCCUCAUCUCCUUCAUCUACUCCGUGGUGUGCCUGGUGGGUCUGUGCGGGAACUCCAUGGUCAUCUACGUGAUCCUGCGCUACGCGAAGAUGAAGACGGCCACCAACAUCUACAUCCUCAACCUGGCCAUUGCGGACGAGCUGCUAAUGCUGAGCGUACCUUUCCUGGUCACCUCCACGCUGCUACACCACUGGCCCUUCGGCUCGCUGCUCUGCCGCCUGGUGCUCAGCGUGGACGCGGUCAACAUGUUCACCAGCAUCUACUGCCUGACCGUGCUUAGCGUGGACCGCUACAUUGCCGUGGUGCACCCCAUCAAGGCGUCCCGCUACCGCCGGCCCACUGUGGCCAAGAUGGUUAACCUGGCCGUCUGGGGGCUGGCUCUCAUCAUCAUUCUGCCCAUCCUAAUCUUCUCCCGGACCGAGGCCAACACGGACGGCACGGUGGCCUGCAACAUGAUGAUGCCCGAACCUAAGCAGAAGUGGCUGGUGGUCUUCGUAGUCUACACUUUCCUCAUGGGCUUCCUCUUACCCGUGGUGGCCAUCAGCCUCUGCUACAUCCUCAUCAUUGCCAAGAUGCGCAUGGUGGCGCUCAAGGCCGGCUGGCAACAGCGCAAGCGCUCCGAGCGGAAGAUCACGCUCAUGGUCCUAAUGGUGGUCACCGUCUUCGUCAUCUGCUGGAUGCCUUUCUACGUGGUGCAGCUGGUCAACCUCUUCGUCGAGCCCGACGACGCCACCAUCAGCCAGCUUUCCGUCAUCCUCGGCUACGCCAACAGCUGCGCCAACCCCAUCCUCUACGGCUUCCUCUCGGACAACUUCAAGCGCUCCUUCCAGAGGCUCCUGUGCCUUAGCUGGAUGGACAACGCCGCCGAGGAGCCGGUCGACUACUACGCCACCGCCCUCAAGAGCAGAGCCUACAGCGUGGAGGACUUCCCCGCCGACAACUUCGGCGAGUCGGGCAGCGUGUACCGAAACGGGACUUGCACCUCCAGGAUUACAACCCUCUGAGGACAGGCCUUCCGACUCUCCCAGGCCGGGCCGAGUCACGGCGGAGUGGAAGAGGGCGGGGGAGAUCGGGCCAAGCAAAAGCC